AUGUUCAAUAUAUGGGUAUAUUGUCACGGUCCAAUCCGGUAUAUGGAGAUGCUCAGUUUCGAGAUUUUGAGGAGUAACAAGGGAGUGACAAGGGGGACGAACACACGCGGCUUCCAAGGCCGAGUGACAGUCGAAGUCCGGAGAACAUUCCGCGAAUCCGCGACGGAGGACGGGAGUGCGGAGUCCAAUAAGGGCACUUGGAUGGCAUGUGCUCCGUACCGCGCAUUACGACUUUGCAUUCUUGUCGACGGAGAACGACAGGUGUCCACCGACAAGGUCACCGACAAGGUCACCGACAAGGUCACCGACAAGGUCACCGACAAGGUCACCGACAAGGUCACCGACAAGGUCACCGACAUACCGACGUGCGUCUGUGCCUUUGUGCCUGAGGCAGAAACGUCACUGACAACCUCACUCGCUUAUUGA